AUGGUGUUUUUCGUCUUUAUUUAUUUACUCACUCUCAGGGUGAAAUCGGCGGGCUAUUCGAAAUUGCACCGCAGUAACCUCAGCAUUGAUAGCAGCAGCCUGUGUGUGUUUUGCAGAGAGUUGAAGAGAAUAGCCAGAACCAAGCAGACAGCGCGCAAAUCCACCGGAGGGAAAGCUCCCCGCAAGCAGCUGGCGACCAAAGCGGCCCGCAAGAGCGCUCCGGCCACCGGCGGCGUGAAGAAGCCUCAUCGCUAUAGGCCCGGCACAGUGGCUCUGCGGGAGAUCCGCCGCUACCAGAAAUCGACCGAGCUGCUGAUCCGCAAACUGCCCUUCCAGCGCCUGGUGCGGGAGAUCGCUCAGGACUUCAAGACCGACCUGCGGUUCCAGAGCUCGGCCGUGAUGGCCCUGCAGGAGGCCAGCGAGGCUUACUUGGUGGGGCUGUUUGAGGACACCAACCUAUGUGCCAUCCACGCCAAGCGAGUCACCAUCAUGCCCAAAGACAUCCAGCUGGCCCGCCGGAUCCGCGGGGAGCGCGCCUAAACGGAGCGUGCCCGGCCCUGCACGUUAACCCCGAGAAACACAACGGCUCUUUUCAGAGCCACUAAACCAUUCAGAGAGCAGCAAUCAGUUGGGAUGCUUGCUUAUUUAAUAAUACACCUAUCCUUUUCUGUUGUUGUGCUCCAUCGUUUCGGCUGUUAUUAAAGAAGUUGAAUCAGGCUGA